AUGGUGAAUUGCAAGAAACAGCAGAAGAACAAGAAAAUAGCCUUAUCCUCCAAGGCGCCCCCCACCAAGGGAAGAACGUUUACUGGAUGCUGGGCAUGCAGAUUCAAGAAGCGCAGGUGUGACGAGAACAGGCCUAUUUGCUCGUUGUGCGCGAAGCAUGGAGAUAAUUGCAGUUACGACAUCAGGCUCAUGUGGCUGGAAGAGAACAUCUAUAAAGUACGCAAACAUCUGCUAAUCAAUUCCAUGCAGGCUGGCAAGUCAAAACCGGCGUGCCAGAAAAUAUCCAAGAACAGGUUUAAAGAAAUGACCCAUUUUAGACAACUUUCACCUCCAACAAGCGACUGUGAAGACAGCACACAGGCGUCCGACAGAGAAGCUGGGCUUCCCAACGAUAAUACAUUCACCAUAAGUGUCCGGAGAUUGAAGAUCUACAACAACGCAGUGGCGUCCGUCUUUGGCAGCACGGCAAACAGGAACUAUAACCAAAAGCACAUAGACAAGAAAUUGGACCAACUGCUCAGUAUGGUGGAAAAGGACAUAUCCAUUGUUAACCCGAAUUGCUCCAAGCACGGCCCCUACUCGGUUUUCAAGGCCAAUCCGGCUGCCACCGCGACUACCAGCACCACCACACUUACAGACCCGCUGCCGUCGCCGGGCCACUCCAUGUCUUCAGCUGAUGAAAACACAGCAAAUAUACUGUCAUCGCCGCCGGAGGGUGGCACAUCCUUGAUCGAUAUCAUCCAGGGCAAGAUCUUUGGAAUUCUAUGGUUCAAUUGUUACGGGAACAUGAUUAUGAACCGACAAGAAUACACGACGUGGUUCAUUAAUAAGACGAGGAGCUCGCUAACGACAGAAUUCGUACGCUUCUUGGGGAAGAUAAUCGAUGACCCGGACAUCAACAUGGCAUCAUGUCUAUUCAAUGAGUGCAUCGCCCGUUGGAAUUGCGUCGAUUGGCAGUCCAUAGCUAUCACAAUGCUGGUCAUCAUCCAUGGAUAUACCUGCCCCAAUUUGACAAAGCUCCUGCGAAUGUGGUUCCUCCAACAAAAAUCAUUAAAGUUUUCGAUGUACCCACUGGUCAACUUUAUCAUAAACAACACACAAGAUAUGGACGUUCUGUACCAUUGCAACGAAUUGCUGGGCGAUGCAGACUUAUUCGAAGACCCCUAUCAGGACGAACUUACCUCGGAACUGCAUGUCUUGGUCACGGAGCGUCUAGUGAAUAGCUGGAAGGAUAGAAUAUUGCAGCAGCUUUGUUCUUGCCAAGAUACAACACUUUCAUGUUCUCAACUUCGGUAUUGGCAGCUACAGUUAAAAUGCAAUGAACAAUUUUACAAGGAUGUCUAUACCAUGCAGGAUUAG